AGUGGCUCGUGCGCAUGCCGCGUAACGGAAGAGGCUAAAGCGGAAGUGCACCACGCGCGCGGCGGUUUGCAACCAAAGCUCGAGGGCUCGAAAGUGACCGCGGCGCCACACCCACCCUCACGCGCGUCUACACGCACGUCGACACACGCGCGCCUGUUCACGCCUCGUCGCGGACGGACUCGCCAGGAAUGGAGGAAGAGGAGCAGCGGCGCGCCCUCGUGCUCCUGCUGACGUACGCGCUGCUGAAGCGCAGGAGAGACUUGAACAACGCGCACGCCCAGAGGCGCGCCGAGGUCCAGAGGCGCGUCCGACACCGGCAGCACUUCUUCCAGAGACAGAGGAGGAUGCUCAUGAUGAUGAUAGCGGGAGGCGUCCGCUCCGACGUCCGCAUCCGCACGCGCCCCUGGACCACCACGCAGAGCACCGAUUGGUGGGAGCGCGUGGCGAUGACGGAAUUCCAGCCGCCCGAUUGGCUGGACAAGUUCCGCAUGAGCCGGGAGACGUUCUUCUACCUGUGCGACGAGCUGAGGCCCCGCCUCGCUCGCCAGGACACCAGCUUCCGCCUGGCGCUGCCGGUGGAGAAACGCGUCGCCGUGGCCCUGUGGCGCCUGGCGUCGAACGUCGAAUACCGCACCAUCAGCGCCCUGUUCGGCGUGGGCAAGUCCACCGUGUGCAGGUGCGUCAGGGACAUGUGUCACGCCAUCGUGGCGCUCCUCAGCGCCGUCUACCUGCGGCCCCCCGGCGAGCCGGAGCUGGAGGCCUCGGCCCAGCUCUUCCUGUCCAAAUGGGGCUUUCCUCACUGCGUUGCCGCCAUCGCCACGCUCCACACCGCCAUCAUCACCCCAUCCAACAACGCGUCGGACUACGCCAACCCAGCCGGCUGGCUCUCAGUGCAGUCUCAGGUGGCGGUCAGCGGCCGAGGGCAAUUCUGGGACGUAUGUGCCAGUUUCCCAGGCGGGACGGACCCGGCUGACAUCUUCCAGAACUCGUCGCUGUGGGCCACAGCUGCAGGUGGCGGCCUGUCACCGGCCACGCCCCCGGCCUUCAUGGGAAAACCGCUCAGGUAUGUGCUGCUGGGGGAGGCCUGCUACCCGCUCCAGAGCUGGCUGAUGAAGGCCUAUCCUGAGGAAAAGGGCCGCAGGGCCGGCCACCCGGCGCCGGCCGAGCCACGGCGGCUCUUCAAUCGACGGCUCGCCCGGGCGCUGCGCUCCUCCUCCGAGGCGCUGCUGAGGUUGAGGGCCCGCUGGCAGUGCUUGAGCAAGAGGAACGACUGCGGACUGGACCUGGUGCCCACCAUGAUUCUAGCCUGCUGCAUUCUGCACAACGUGUGCGAGUCCCACGGGGACGCCUUCAAGGCCGAGUGGCAGGUGGAGGUGGCCGAGGCAGAGAGCCCUCAGCCCAGCCACAGGCAACCUCCCUCCACCGGCGUCGACCAAGGCCGUGCUGAGGAGACCCGAAACCUCUUCUGUGACUAUUUUCAGGAGCAGAACAUGUGAAGACGUUAUUUGAAUCCUGGUAAAAAUGUGUACUUGCAUUAUAUUUAUUUUGAACCUUAUUUUGAAAAUAAAUCAAAUCCGACAAUGUCCUCGAAACAAGUGAGAUGAUCUAAAAUAAUAAUACAUCUUGGGGAAAAGUAUUUAUUUAAUUUAGGCAGGAACACAUGUUUACUUUGGUGCCUCCUUCUGGUCAAGGGUGGUCAGGGUGUAAACACAGCUAAGUUGUAUUUGUCUAAUGUGUAUUACGCAUCACAAGCCCGAAGGGACUACUAUCAUGGCGAUAUACUUUCUGUAUGCAUCAUGACUGCAUGAUGUGCUCUUUAAUUUAGUUUUGUAUAUUUUUAUGUCGUGCAUCAUUGCAUAAAGAUUGCAGUUUUGUUUUAACUAUAGGGUUAUUGCGUAUGGUUUCAUCUAAUCUUUGAUUCUGAUGGUGUGUCAUGUCAACAUUUGUUACACAGUUGUUAGAAGAAAAGAAAAAAAAGCUACGUUUCUUGAAACCAAAAUGGACCAAUUAUUGGACGAAUAUUGUGAAUCGGUGUUACAUGCAGUUCAGCUUCAGGACCACAAGAUGCCACUACAGUAC